AUGGGCCAAAUGAUCCCCGAACCAGCUCCCAAGCUUUCCAUGGAAGCUCGUUUGAAUGGGCUCUCCAAGAUGUCGCAGACAAGUUCGAAUUUCACAGAGAGGGUUAUUGCCGCAACAGGACCAAACGCCCAUCCACGCUUGAAAGAGAUCAUCCCGAGUCUUGUCCGUCAUCUUCAUGACUUUGCAAGGGAGGUCAAACUGACAGUUGGGGAAUGGGAAGCCGCUGUUGAAUUUCUCAACGAAUGUGGCAAGAUGUCCAACGACCGACGCAAUGAGACCCAGCUCCUGUGCGAUAUCCUUGGGCUGGAAAGCCUUGUUGACGAUAUAACCUCAAAGUUGCUGGCUUCAUCAGCCUCUGAAACCCCCUCUGCCAUCCUUGGUCCCUUCUAUCGGCACAACGCGCCACUUCUCCCCAACGGCAGCUCAAUCAUACAAGACCUCGACCCAUCCGUUCCAUGGUAUACACAGGCAGUCGCGGACUCCGCUCAUGUAACGGGACGGGUGCUCUCCAGCUCAGGGGAACCGAUCAAGGGGGCGAUUGUGGACGUGUGGCAUGCAGCCCCGAACGGUCUCUACGAACAACAGGAUGAAGCACAGCCGGACAUGAACUUUCGAGGUCGGUUUAUGACCGAUGCCGAGGGACGGUAUUCUUUUUAUGCACUGAGGCCCGUUUCAUAUCCCAUCCCAGAUGAUGGUCCGUCCGGUCGGUUAUUGAAACUGCUAGACCGUCAUCCUUAUCGUCCGGGUCACAUUCACUUCAUCGUCUCUGCACCCGGCUUUCGUACGUUGACGACGCAAUUGUAUGACGAUCGAGAUCACUAUGUCACCAACGAUGCUGUGUUUGCGGUCAAGGACGAGCUGAUCGUCAAGUUUGUGCCGAAAGAAGGGGAUCCAAAGGCGUUGUGGUUGUUGGAGUAUGAUUUUGUUCUGGGAAGAAAGUGA